AUGGACGCGGAAAGAGAGUUGAGAGAACUCUUUCGGGGCAUCGAAAGGGGCCUUCAGACAGGGACACGGGUUGAGUCUGAAACCGUAUCCAGCUCCUUUGACGGCCAAACCGACGCAUCUCACACAACGAAGAUGUCCUACGGACUCGCGCUAACCAAUACUCUCAUGGAAUCCGAGCUGACUUGGGAGAUCCAAACCGGCUUCUACCACCUCUACCAAGGCAGAUACUACAUUGACGGUAGCCAAUUCGAGGCCUCUGCCCAGGAUGAAGACCAGGGGAUGGCGAUUAGCCAACGGGAUAUCAUGCAGCGGGAGAUUAUCCAGCGGAUAGAUCGUGCCCUCGUCGAAGCCAAUAUCCUACUCGAUGAAUUCAAGGCUUGUCGUCAGCCGUUAUCGGCCGUGCAGGAGCCCAGCAUUCCCGCUGCGAUAAUAGAUCAGAACCUUAUUAGCUCGGAAUCAAGCGCUGCGUCGUCGUUGGAACCUCUUCUGGUCGAUUGCUCUCUCUCCGAUGAUGCUGAUAUUGUGGAAGGAGGAGUGGUUUGCGAUGGAAGAGGUUCUCACUUUGUCUUCGGAGAGGGCGUUGAGGAUGUAUUUGGUGCAUGA